UGCAAAACAGCGCGGCACACAGCAAACGCUGCAGCCAUGUGGAGUUGGACUUUAGUUAAGAGCUUAUUUUUCACCUAAUCUCCAAAGAUAUCUUCUUUUUAUUCACAUGCUAUUUGUGCAGCCUCCGAACUACUGACAAGAAUACUGUUUUGUCUUUUGUAAGGCACCAAUUUAUGGAAAAAUGGUGAAAUCGAAGACCAAAAACCAAAAGAAAGCCCGAGCUUCAGCUAACCAUGUGGCCGAGGAGACGUAUGGUGCCGUCCCCCACUCCUUCGUCUUUCACCGCGGACAGAUUGGCAAAAACGUGGGCCAGCUCAUCGUGGAUGUCCGAAAAGUCAUGCAGCCAUACACAGCAGAGAGCCUGAAGGUUAGAAAAAAGAAUGUCCUGAAAGAUUUUGUUUCAAUUGCUGGACCACUUGGCGUUACACACUUCGUUAUGUUCAGCAAAACUCCUAGCUCUGUUAACAUGAGGGUUGCUCGCCUUCCAAAAGGCCCAACGCUUCAUUUCAAAGUGGUCAAGUAUUCUCUUGUCAAAGACGUAGUGUCUGCUCUGAAGAAGCACAGAAUGCACGAGCAGCAGUUCACACACCAUCCACUGCUCAUCCUCAAUAACUUUGGUUCCAGUGGGAUGCACAUCAAGCUAAUGGCCACCAUGUUUCAAAAUAUGUUCCCCUCCAUAAAUGUGCAUAAGGUCAAUCUCAACAACAUUAAGCGGUGUGUGCUGUUAAAUUACAACCCAGAGUCUGAGGAAAUAGAAUUCAGGCAUUAUAGCCUUAAGGUGGUCCCUGUGGGCAUGAGCCGUGGAGUAAAAAAGUUGAUGCAAGAACGGUUUCCCAAUAUGAACAAAUUUGAGGACAUUAGUGAGCUCCUUAUGAAGGGAGCAAACCUGUCAGAAAGUGAAGCUGAACAAGAUGGAGACCACAACAUUACAGAGCUGCCACAGGCCUAUUCAGGUCGAGGCAAUAUGGCUUCUCAACAAAGUGCUGUUCGUCUAACUGAGAUUGGUCCUCGGAUGACAUUAAAACUCUCCAAGAUUGAAGAAGGGAUGGGAGGAGGAAAUAUCCUGUAUCAUUCUGUCAUUACUAAGACAGAAGAAGAAAUCCAGGAGAUCCUGAACAGAAAAGAGGCUCAGCUGAAGGCAAAACAAGAACGACGAAAGAAGCAAGAACAAAAUGUGGCUCAGAAAAAAGAGCAAAGAGAAAAAAACAAGUUAAAGAGCCUUGAAGGUAUAAAAAAGAAAUGCACAAAUGCUGAUGAAGACAGUGAAGUAGAGGAUCCGGGAGCUCAGGAUGAUGUCGUUAAUGCUGAUUCAGACGAUGAGGUGGAGUACUACAGACAGGCCGUCGGCCAGGACCCAGAUGAAGAUAUGUUCCCAGGAGCCAAGAGAAAGCGAAUGCGGGACAAGUCAAAUGGACCUGCUAAGAAGAGAAAACUGUCUGAAGGCAAAUCUUCAAAUAAAGACAAAAACGGCAAAUUGCCAAAAAGAAAUGGUCCAGGAGCCGACCAGACAGCCAAAACUGGAAAACCGCAUAAACCAUGGAAGAAAUUUGGUGACUCGGAGAAACCUUUUUCAAAGAAGAUUAAACCGGGAGGCAAGACAUUCAAUAAGAAAAGGCCUGGUGGUACAGAAAAGUUUGGCAAAAAUAAAUUUAGUUCAGAUAAAACAUAUGCAAAGAAAAAUAAGGACAACAAAUUUAAACCUAAAGGACAAAAGGGCAAACCAGGAUUUAAAAAAUCUGCAGGACGAAAGAAGGACUUCAAACACAGGAAACAAAAUGCUCUAAUACUUCACAGAUUGUUCGAAGUGUGGCCAAGUUGUGUACUCAAGAUGAAGCCUGAUAUUCAAGGCUGUGAGACAUUUCAAAUCCGCCUGCUGCCAUCCUUGUACGGGAUUGAGUUUGUUGUUGCUCUAGUGGGAAAUAUUUUUGCCUUAUAUCUCCUUGUGACUAAAGAAAGGAGAAACUGGCACACAGGGAUUGUCUUCUCCUGCAACUUGGCCAUCAGUGAUCUACUCUACAUCCUCACGCUGCCUAUGCUCAUUGUUUACUACGCCCUAGAGAAGCACUGGAUAUUUGGGAAUGCUGCUUGCAAAAUUGAGCGGUUUCUUUUCACCUGUAAUCUGUAUGCCAGCAUCUUCUUCAUCAUGAUUAUAAGUGUGAACCGCUGCGUGGCUUUGAAAUACCCAUUUUUUACAAGAACAUACUUGGGACCAAGAAAGGCAAAGAUCGCCAGUGUUGUCAUUUGGAUUUUGGUUGGGGUUAUUUCCAGUCCAGUUUUGAAAUUUGCUUCAUCUUGCCCUGAUAUGCACAGCAACAACACUGUGUGUGUGUCAAACUGUAACCAGCAACAAACUAAGACAGAGAAGUCACAUUUUAAUUACAAAAUGUUUCUCUCUGUGUUUGGGUGUCUUAUCCCAUUUUUGAUCACCUUUGCCUCUUAUUGUGUGGUUAUUCAGGUAGUCAGGAAAAGUGUGAGCCUAACCGCUCUAGAAAGACGUAAGGUAGCUCUGUUGGUGAUAUCAGUCGUCGUAUUGUAUGCCAUUUCUUUCUUGCCCUAUCAUUUUUUCCGCAUGUACCACUUUCACCUGAAAAUGAUCAGAAAAGUCGACUGCUUCAUAUACAACACAUACCAAGUUACUAAAGGACUGGCCACUCUAAACAUGUGCAUUCACCCACUUCUUUUUAUGGCAGUGUUUGACAGUAUCAGAGUGGCUUGUUGUGGGGACACCCGAGAGGAUAAAACACAAGAGAUAAACUGAAUUACAUAUACAGUGUAUAGAGAAUAUACAGUAUUCUUUUGUAUCACUAUGAUGUAUGCUACUGGGCUUUAUUUUAUUUUUGGGGACAAUUAUGGUCUUUUUAACUAGAUUAUACUUCCAGUUAGUUGGUUGUAAUCAGACACUGAUCUGCAACCAAAAGUAGACUUUGCGUGCUCUAUUAUCUCUAUAUCUAACUGUCGAUGUGUUUAGUGGAGUGGAAACCACAGCCACAGUAAGAAGAUAUGUUUUUCAAGAUAGCCACUUGUAAUUUAUUAAAUGUAACGAAAAGGGUUUUAAGUUUCCAAGAUAACAAAAUAAAAAUGACUUUUUCUGUA